CGCCCGGCCAGGCCCGGCGCAGGCUGAGGAGGAAGCGGAACCGCGGCGGGACCCAGCGCCCGGCGCCCCGCACCCAGCGCCCCGCAGCCACCCCCGGCCCGCCAGGGAGCCGCGGCUCCGGCUCGGGGGCGCUGAGGCCGGCCGGCGAGCGGCGGGGCAAGGCGGCCUGCCCCGGCCGGCGGCAGCGCUGGGAGGGCCGCUGGAGGCCGCGGGGGUCGCGGGGCGCGCCGGCCUCCGCCCGAGCUGGCGGCUCUGGGGCGCGGCCUGCGGGUGCCUGGCGCUGCGGGGGGCGGAGGAGCCGCAGCGGCCGCCGCCGGGAGAGCCGGAGCGCGGAGGCUGCGGGGCGGCGUUGAUGCGGCAGGAUGACGGUGAAACUGGGCGAGAGCAGCGGGGAGGAAGGGGUGAAAAAGCUGGGCAAGAGAGCAGGAGGAGAUGAGGAGUCCCUGGAAGAAGAAGGGGCAGGAGGAGGAGGAGAGGCAGCUCCAGGCAGCAGCAGCACAAAGAAAGAAGAGAAGAUCAUCAACAGCAACACUAACAGCAGCCCCUCACCGAACCCCAGCUUGGCCCAGGCCCCGGCUGCCCUCCAGCCCUCCCACAGCCAGGACCAGCAUCAUUUUCUCAGGUCCAGUGUCAGACCUCAGAGCAAGAGGCUGAAGAAGGAUUCUCAGGCAUCCUCUUCAGUUGGCAGCAGCACUGCUGUAAAAGGCAAAGCAGCAGAUAAUGGAGGAUCUGCAUCUGGCGGCACAUCAGGAAUUCCUGCCAGCAAUCCUACUGCAAAUUCCAAGUCAGCAGCAAGGAACCUGGGCUCCUCGGCUGGAGAGAAGGAGGAAGGAAAGAAGGUCAGACGUCAGUGGGAAUCGUGGAGCACAGAGGACAAAAAUACUUUCUUCGAGGGACUGUAUGAGCAUGGAAAGGACUUUGAAGCUAUCCAGAACAACAUUGCCCUGAAAUACAAGAAGAAAGGCAAGCCAGCAAGCAUGGUGAAGAAUAAAGAGCAGGUCCGCCAUUUCUACUACCGCACCUGGCACAAGAUUUCAAAGUACAUUGACUUUGAUAACGUGUUUUCUCAAGGGCUGAAAAAGUCAUCCCUGGAGCUUUAUGGCUUAAUCUGCUAUGGGGAAUUAAGGAAAAAGAUUGGGGGAUGUAUGGAUGACAAAAAUGCAGCUAAACUCAAUGAGCUCAUUCAGGCUGGGGCUACAACUGUUCGUUACAAAGGCAGAAACCUUCGUAUCAAAGCUCCAAUGUGCAGGGCUUUGAAGAAACUCUGUGAUCCAGAUGGCAUUAGUGAUGAAGAGGACCAGAAGCCAGUACGUCUUCCUCUCAAGGUUCCCGUGGAGUUGCAGCCACGAAAUAAUCAUGCAUGGGCUCGAGUACAGAGUCUCGCCCAGAAUCCACGGCUUAGGAUGAUUGUGGAGUUGCAUCGGAAGGUCUCCAGCCUCAUUGAGUUCCUGAAGCAGAAGUGGGCUCUCCAUGAAGUACGCAUCCGUAAAACACUAGAGGAACGGCAGCUUCAAGACUCCAGAGACUCAGAAUCAAGAGGUAGCUUCUCAGAGGAGAAGGUGAUGCUCCAUCUCUUUCCAGGAGAGAAUUGUACACUCACUCCACUGCCUGGGGUAGCCAGAGUGGUUCACUCCAAGGCUUUCUGCACAGUGCAUUGGCAGGAAACUGGCAAAUGCAAACAGAACACAAAAGACUCUCACUUACUGCCCCCUGCACAAAUCCUAGGUAUACAGAGUGGUCAGGGAACAGCUAGGGGACAACUAAAAUACACGCGGGGAACAGAAGGUAAGAGCGUUGGAAGGGCAGAGAGCACUACAGAAUCAAGCAGAACCCCUCAUCCCACAGCUGAGGCUCCUGCAGGCACUGAAGAUGGCUCCCCAGAGGCUGGUCUGGCAGAAGGAACAGCCUCAAAUCUUGGCAUCACUAACUCCCUCAGCAAACCACCUUCUGGACUUCAAGAUCCAGGAGGGAACCAUGAGAAGCUGAGCUCAGUGGCCUUCUGUGUGGAAGGCAGGGAGGCCUUGGCUGGUGACCAAGCAACUGUACCAGCAUCGUGCAGCACAGCUUGUGCUUGCAGUAAGAUCCCUGAUGUCGAGGAGCUCUCUCUGCUCGAUCCAUUCCCACGGUACAUGAAGUCCUGUCAGGACCUGAUUGUCCCAGAGAAAUGUUCUUGCACAGACAAACCGCAUGGGAAAGACUCUGCUCCAGCAGCUGGCGAUACUUCUCCCGUGGCUUUUCCAAGCGGGAGGAGCACAGAGACAUCUGAGUCCUGUUCGCAGCUGCUGAGAGGUGGUGUGGCUUCACCCAGCAGUGGCCCAGCCAGAUGCGAAGCUCAGGCUGGCCACAGCCAGGGUCAGCAGCUCGAUGCUUGUACCAAGGAGAUAACAGAUGCAGUAACGGAGGAUUCUCAAGAGAAGCUGAGCUCCUCGUUUCCACCUCCACCUCAGGGACAAUCUAGUACAAAGUCUCUCAAGGAUGACCCGAGCCGGCUCUCUCAACAAGUCAGAGAAGAAGGAUGGAGUCUACGAACUUCCGAGAGCCUUACGCUGGCAGAAGUCUACCUCAUGAUGGGCAAACCGAACAAGUUGCAGCUGGAAUAUGACUGGUUGGCUGUCUUGGAGCCAGAAACCCAGGAUGCUAGGGAGCAAACAUCUGAAUCAAGUGCUGUUCCUGCAUGUACCACUUUUCACAAGCAGAGACUUCUAAACUGCCUUUUAAAACUCAUCUCUACUGAAGUCAAUCCCAAACCAACCCCUGAGAUGAGCUCUGUUGCCACAUCACCUAUAAAGCCUACUCAAGAGGAGCAGUCACUGACUCCUCCAGGAAAGGUGAUUGCCGUCAGCACCAGAAGUCCAGGCUGCACGCGGAAUCAGUCUGCCCUUCGCAACAACAAGACUUUUUCUCCUGGUGCUGCUUCCAGCUCCUCAGGUUUGAGAAACCUCCCUAGACCUCUCUUGGUGGCUGGUCCUUCAAGUUCUGGAAACACCGAUGCUGAUGGUGGACUCUUUGCAGUUCCUACAACUCUACCACCCAACAGCCGCCACGGGAAACUCUUCUUGCCUAGUAAAGAAGCAGAGCUGACCUUCCGGCAGCACUUAGACACAAUCAGUAUGCAGUCAGACUUCUUCUUGCCAAAGCCAAGGAAGUUACGGAACAGGCACUUGCGGAAGCCGUUAGUAGUACAGAGAACUCUGCUCCCCAGGCCAUCUGGAAAUCCAUCCCAACAUGUCUGUUCCUUUUCUAUCCUAUCCAACUCGUCUAUUACAGGGAGAGGUUCAUUUCGGCCGAUCCAGUCCUCACUGACAAAAGCUGCUGUUUCUCGUCCUAUUGUGCCCAAAGUUCUUCCAACACAAGCUACCAACCACCUGUCUAGUGCUAUUGACUUGGCAGCUAAAAGUGCUGGUAUAAUCCCUGGUAGCCCCGUGCCUGUCCUGGAUGCAGAUGGUUUGCCAGGUGUAUCUCCGUUGUCGCCAGACAGAGUGACCACGGUAGUAACAGGGCAGGAGUCAACGGCAGCGCAUCAGAACGGAGGCUCCAUCACCACAGUGGAGAGCUCAGGCCCUGGGUGUCGCGUUCCGUUUAUAAGCUUACCAACACGGCAUGAGCAGGAGGCAGUUGCUGAUGGUUUCCAGGGCACAUCAGUUCUUUCUCUCUCAGAACUGUCCAAGACUCCCCUCCAAAAUGGCCUUUCCACUCCUCCACUUCCCUCAUCAGAGGCUUCCAGUACCCGGCUCUCUCCUCCCAAUGUUUCUGCUCUCUUGGAUAUCUCUCUGCCUGGACCACCUGAAGAUGUGCUUUCUCAAGGAGAACCUGCCACUCAAAUCAGUGAUUCUAUCAUUGAAAUAGCUAUCAGCUCUGGGCAAUACAGUGAAGGUGUUUCUCUCUCUCCUGCAAAGCUGAAUGGUAGUGACAGCUCCAAAAGUCUUCCGUCCCCAUCCAGUAGUCCUCAACAGAACUGGAUUGCCUCUCCCAGCCAUGAUCCCCAGUGGUACCCCAAUGACUCCACAGACUCGUCUCUCAGCAGCUUGUUUUCAAGUUUCAUCUCCCCUGAAAAGGGACGAAAAAUGUUGCCAACUCCUGUUGGGACUGCCAGUGGCACCUCCUUACUGGGACCUAGCCUUCUGGAUGGAAACUCCCGGGACUCUUUUGUAUCACGAUCUCUGGCAGAUGUAGCAGAGGUGGUGGAUUCCCAGCUGGCUUGCAUGAUGAAUGAGAACAGCAUAGAUUACAUAUCUCGUUUUAAUGACCUUGCCCAGGAACUGUCGAUACCUGAGCCAACCCGCAGGGAAAUUCUGUUUGAUGGAGGAGGUGGUGGGCCCCCCAUUGGGGAUCUCUCACAGUGAGUGGUUGAUACCAGCAGGCUGGUGUAGACUGUUUAGCUUAAUUUGGAGCUUGCAGUGCUGGUUCAUGGCAAGGGCCGAUUGCAGAGAAGCAGCUGAGGCUCAGUUGUCCCUGUCUUGUGCACUUCUUUCUAAAAGAGAAGCGUUGUCUUCAAGGUCUGAAGAAGUACUUGCAGGUCCUGGAAUGUGCAAUAUACCGGGAACAACAAAACAUGGAGUAUUAUUAUAGGAAUGGUGCGUCCCCUGCAUCAGUGAUGUAAGAUGGCAAGCUUACAGGACAGUCCUGAACUUGUACUUUGGAACGGCCUAGGCAAGAAGCUCAAGCAGGUAUUGCCAGAAGCUCCCCUACAUGAGUUGUUUUUGCAAAGUACUCGAAAUGCCAUGAUUUGGAAUCCACAUUGAAGUUGUGGAGGAUGAAGGGUGCGGGUAGGUAUGGAAACUGUUUUGCAUCUUGACAUGUCCUAGUUGGCACUCUUUUUAUGAAAUCAGUCAAACUGAAGUUUGUUGCACUCUCUUCAAAGACGCUGCAACUCUGUGAUGCUUCAUUUCUAUAGACCAUUCUGUUUCUUUGGCUAUGGUUUGUUUGACCGUUCCAGCAGGGGCAUAUACCUGCUUUUUUGUUUUGUAGGAGAGCUCUGCUUCACCCUACUCCCAGAUUGUGUGGAUCCGUAGGGAGUGUCCUCUAUUUUUAAACCCCAUCAACUGUCACAAUCAUCCUUCUGACUGCACUCGUAUUUUCCACCUUUGAGAUUCUUCACCACAUUGCACAGUUCAUUCCAUGAGCGGGAGAGUGCUCUCCUGCGUUCCCUGAAGAAUGGUUGCUUUUCAAGUCAGGAGAAACUGCAAAACAACUUAUUGGAAUCACUAUGAAAGCUUUAUCAUUAGUAGUCUUGGCUGUGCUGGAAACCUGUAUAUAUUGCCAUCUUUCUCAAAAAAACAAAACACAAUACCUGAGAAUUUUCCCAGGAGAGGAAAUAGGAAAAAAAAUAUUGUAAUCUAUAGAUACAAAUAAUAUUUUAAUGCUAAAGUUGUUGAAAUCUGUCUAUCUGUCUUGUGUCAUGAAGAGGAGGGGUGUCAAGUCCUUGUUUAACCCCUUGGUCCGUCCUUGUUUCCUCCUUGUUCUAUGAAUUCCAGGUACUCUGUAGUACCUCAGGGCAUCGUUUUUCACUAUAGUCACUCCCAGGCACUAAUGGAUCUGGUUCCCCCUCUGCUAAAUCCCUAUGCAUUUAAUGGUAGUGUUUUAAUAUCUGAAAGACACAGAUCUGAUUCCAGUUGUUUGAAAGGAAUCUAAAAUCACAGCUGGUUUUCCUUCAGUUCUGCCUUUAUGACUCAGGAGACUUUUCCUAUUUCCUUUCCUACCAGUCCUGAGAGAGAAUACCUUUACUGUGCCCCUUUUUUUAAGCACUUGUCUGCUUCUCCAUUGAGAGGAUGUCCCUUGGCUCUUUUAAGUUGCUCUGAACUUAUCCUCCAAGGGCAUAGCCCUGUAUAAACCUCAACUUUAUAUUAUUAAUAAAUAAUAAAACUCCAUCUCUAUUAUCAGGGGUUCAUUUUCCCAACUUGCACUAUACUUGGUGGAUGGAAUUCUGCCUGCCUUUAGAUGCUUUUACAAGGCAUUUGACUGGGAGUUUCUGCUUGUAACCUUGCUCAUGAUGCACUGAUUGGAUUUGCUGUUUUCCCAGUCACUUUACCCUGCUUAGGAAGAUUUUGUUUUACUGCUACAUGGUUUGCCUUAUGCUCUUUGUCAUUUAAAGAAAAUGUCACAAGUUUUCUGAUGCACCUUUUGUGUGGCCCAGAGCAACUUCACUAAUGUCAAUCAAGAAGUACUGAGAUUUGUAUGACAUUCCAGGACCCCACGUAAAAGGUUGCUACGUUCUCUGAUAUAGGAACCACAGACCUAUGUAAAACAGCAUUAGUAUGAACAGCUGUUCCCAACUGGGAGUCAGGCUUUUAGUACUAGCAAGAAGACAGUCAUGACUAGAAAAACAGAGUUUUGUACCUGUGGGCUAACUUUCUAUUCUGUCCAUGUCACAUGGGAUGUUAAGUCCUUUGGUCAUUAUUUCUCUUUCGUUAUCCUUACAGAGUGUUGUUUGGUGAUGCAGUUAUCAGGAAAUCAUGUUAACGUGGAACAUAAAAAGUUGAAUGAUGUCAGAAGAAUGAAUGCUGAGGAGUAUGUGAUUCUGAGCAUUCACCCUUGGUGUGGAGAGGAUGUCCAUUAAUCUCGAGAGUCACUCACCCUAAAACUUCCCAGUUUUACAUGUUUUGAUUCAGCCUUUCCCAGAGUGUCUCCUAUCAGUUUUGGCUUCUUACAUAAGUAAUGCUGGUUAUCCUAUAUGCUGUACCUCCGAAUCCUUCAGACUUGCAGGACAGAAGUAGAGGACUCCUCAUGUAGCUGUGGCUAUGGAUUACAGGACAUGCAGGAGGGUGUGAUGUAUUCUAGUAUGAAGUACUGUAUUAUAAACAAAAAAUCUGAGCUCAUUCUUAAACUUUAAAAUACUGAAAGACCAGCUUGAUGGUCUCUGAUGUAUUUAGGUAGCUUGACAAAUAUUUCUACCCAUGACAGCAGUUAAGUGGAUGCCACACUAAUUUUGACUUUUAGAUUGCCUGCAGUAAGUUCCGGUGUUGCUGCACCAUAUGGCAGAGCAUUUCAUCAAGGUCUGUGAAGAGUUUCUGCCAUCCGAUACAGGGAGCUGUCAGGUUGCCCCUUCUCAGCCCAUUCAGUGGCCAGAGGGGAAUAAUAAUAAUGCAGAAUGAAUGUCAGCAUAGUGGCUGUUCUUACUGAUGCCACGAGAUCAAAAAAUUUUAAUAUGCUGAACCAUUGCAAGUAGACUUGGGACCACCAAGUAAUAACAGUGGAAAUGACAGAAGUCAGUUCAGCAUCAAUGCUGUGAUUAGAAACGUGUUUAGCAUCAGCCUCUUAAAAGUUCUGAUUAUGAAGCAGUUUGACAUCUUUUCUUGCACCAAAUUCUCUUAGUGUGGUCCUGUCUUUUGAGACUUGAAGCUCCGAAACAGUCCUGCCUUCCAUAUUUGGUUUCUGAUUCCAGAAGUGAAAUGUUCUGCAAACUGCAUUUUCAGGACAAGGAGGUUUUAUCAGGGAAAAACUUGAAAAUAACUUAGAUCGUUGUGAUAACUUUGAAUUGAUGCAGAAUUUGUUACCCUUACUACAUGAAAACUCACUUAAACACACAUCUAACUCCACCAGUACGAGAUUCUCUGUGGAUGUGCUUUACAUACUUAUUGUUAACAAUUUGUGCCUAGGACUGCUAAGGGAAAAAUGGGUGGGUGGAUGUGUGUACGGACAUCUGUUUGUGCAUGCGUAUACACCCACACACGUAUAUUGGGAAAACCCAAAAUUUGUUUCAAGUUUAAUUUUUUCAGCUUCCCCAGCAGAAGUAAGAGGAUUCAUGUUUGUAACGUCAGCUUAUCCUAAGCAAACAUUCAAGCAAGCUACACUGAAAUUUGGGCAGUUGUUUUUUUGUUGUUUUUUUUUUAAAGUUAAGUGUAACUUUGGUAGCUUAAUAGCUGCCUGAGACACUGUAAGGAAGUUGGAGAGGACAAAUGGACACUAAGAACCUCCAGUUCUAGUAUUAUUUGCUCUAAGGCUUUAGUUUCUGCUGGUUUUAUUUGUAAGCUUCUGAAUGGCUUGCCCCAUGUUGGUUUAGCAGCUGUGUGUACAAUAAGGAAGUUCGGAGUAGUUCAGCAAGGUGAGUGGCAGAAAAUUCAGUAUUUGUUGUCAUAAUAGUCUGGGUGAAAAGCAGUACUACAUCCUAAGAAUUAGAUCUACCUGUGUGCACAUUAAUAGUGGGUUUUCUUCUGGGGGUUGCAUCCUGAUUAGCCACACAAUUCAUUUUAUCCUUUAUCACUAAAUCUAUUAAGCAUAGGAAUGAUGAUUGUUUUUAAUAUGGCAUUGCUAAGCCUUUCCUUGACACCCUUCUUUAUGUUUCUAAAUUGAAUUAAAUAGCUUGGAUGAAAUCUACACUUAUAAAAACAUCUAAUUUACUGACUCCACAGGUCCCAGAGUGGAAAUUAAGUUGCAUUUUGUUCUUUACACUCAGACUUUGGAUGAAUUUAUGAGAAAAGUACUGCACUUUUUUGUUGUUGGUUUUUUUUUUUUUAAAGAAAAAAAAAACUUUUCAAACCUUUGAAUCUCUUAAUUUGACAGCAAUUUGUAAAUGUUAACUAAGUGAAACCUUGGCAAGCACUACGGCAAUAAGUUAUCAUUAAUUAUUGAAACAUGAUAACUGCUUUAGAGCUUAUGGUUCUGGCAGCAAAAUUUAAUGCUGUUUCUUUUAAUAAUAGUUAAGCCAUAUCAUCUAAGGUUUCUGGCUUGUUUGAGAUGUGAAUUUGUUUUAUAGAUUAUAAAUAUACCUAUAUAGUGUAUGUAUAAAGCAGAAUGCCUGUCCUUACUGAUUAUUUUUUGUACCAUAUUGUAAAUUAUAUUAUUUAUUCUUUACCAAUUUUGGAAAAAGGUGUUUUGGUUAUUUAAUAUAAUAUACAAAAGCUGUUAAACUUCCUCUGUUUAAAUUUCCAAUUCAACUUGUAAAGCUGUUUUUAUUCUUGUGCAUAAAUACAUACUAAUACUUGGUCUAA